AUAUUACUACUUGACACCUGACGGACACCAUACACGAGUUUUGCUGGCGCAACUAUCUUUGGCUGAUCUGAAGUAAAGUCAAAAGAAAAUUCGUGCCCUUGCUUGGCCUUGUUUGUUGAUCAGAACAGCGCAGGAAGGCAGUCGAAUACCAUUGCAAUAAAUGAACACAUUUAAUUCCUGAAUACCUCGUAUGGACCGAAUCAUUCAUAUUAAGCAUUAUACAAAGGGACUUUCGAGGACAAGGAAAGGUGGUUCUACUCACUCAUCCAGAGCCGAGGUUGUACUACUCGCAGUUGUUUCUCAGUGAUUAGCCAAGUGAAAGCUUAAGAUGGUGGUUGAAAUGGCCCAGCUUUUCAGUCCACAAAGGAUAGGGGACAGCAAGACAGCUGUUAUCCUGGCCUUGUAUUUUCCUCUUGGUCUUAUCCUAGCAGUUCUAAGGCUCUUCAUUGGUUUACACGUUUUCAUCAUUGCUUGUAUUCUUCCUAUCCAAGUGCCCUUUAGAAGAGCCUUGCUAAGGACGAUGUACACUGUUCUAGGAUUCAUUGUGUACCCUUCAAAUCAACAGUAUAGAAAUCCAAAUGUGAAGAUUAUAGUAGCCAAUCACGUAUCAGUACUGGAUCAUGUGAUCAUCGGACUCAUCUUUCCUUCUGUAGUUCCUAAUGUGUGGAGUCUGCCCCCAUUUCUCAACUGGGCAUUGGGAUACACCAACAUGGGAGCUGCUCAGGGUCGACAGGUGUUCUUAGAUGCGGUCAGGAAGCAUUGUCGUCAGGACACCAGACCAGUGUUAGCAUUCCCUGAAGGAGCUAUGACUAAUGGCAAGGCUGGUAUUCUCAAAUUCAGUACCUGGGCUUUUUCUUUAGAGCGUGAUGUCCAGCCAAUGACGGUGACAAUUAGUAGACCACUCCUCAACAUCAAAGCAGAGGUUUUAGGAAGCAGUUUAUGGCAAGAUCUACUCUGGUUUCUGUUUGUUCCUUUUACGGUCUAUAGGAUCAAGGUAUUACCAGUAGAGGAGCGGAGUGACUUUGAGAAUGCUGAUGAUUUCUCUCGAAGCGUACAGGAGAUAAUGGCUGACGAUAUGGGUUUGAUAUCCUCUCCAUUCACCAGUGCUGACAAGGCUGAAUAUGUCAAGAAACUUGGUGUCCAACAACCAAGAGAGAGGGGUACUCAGCCUCCACAGGUCAGGCAAACUAUCAAUACACCACCAAGACAAUCGGGGGCAUCCCCUAGGUCAUUUAGGGAAUCCCCAGUAGACAAGAUGAUCAAACAAGUCCAGGAAGUCAUGCCUCAUAUACCAGCACACAUCAUUAGAAAAGAUCUAGAAACCACAAGGUCAAUUGAUGCUACAAUCUUCAACAUCUUAGAGAAUAAGACAGAAAUCCCUAUACCAGCCGAAGAGGUACCUAGUUCCUCCACGGGGUCUGCCACGCCCCUCUCUACACCCCAUACCAGUCCUCAGAGUUUACCCCAUAAUACAUUCUGCAUGACGUCACAGGAUUCACCAUCUUCAACACUAUCAACUCCAUCACCAGCAUGUACCAAGUUUGCAGCAGAUAAGUUUGGAUCUUCAUCAAGAGAAAGACAAUUGUCAUUACAGGAUCGCAAAGCUGCUUUACUUGCCAAUGCUAGGAAGCGUUUCACAGAAACCUCUAAAGUAAGCAACUGAUAAAACAUUGCUCAUCAUUGAAACCUGUAUAGAGGAGGUGGAUGGACACAGAUGCUUGAAAUGCUCUUCAUCAAAACAUUUUUGGAAUGUGAAUUACAUCUUUUGAGAUUGAAUGGAUUUGCAUCUCCUCAGCCAGAGAACAGUAAGGUUGUCAGAACUAAGUUGGCUACCAUAUGGCAUUAUUAUUAUAAUCAUAAUUCUGUCACAAGGACAAAAUUGUGAGAACCCUACCUAAUAAAGAAAAUUCCUCACACAUAGUUAAAUGACUAAAUACAAAUGACUAAAUACAAUUAAAUGAAAGUAGGAUUGUUUUCAUGCUUAUCCAAAGGGUGAUUUGUAUACCUGUACCACCAUGCAAAUCUUCACAGAUUAUAAGAAAACAGAAUUGAAUCUCUAAAAUUUUAGAUCUUUAGAACUCCUUUUAUCUAGUCAACUGUCAAUGAGAUCAGAUCAGACAGACACAAUUGAUGAAGACUUCUUAUAUUAUGUGAUAUAUAUUAACUUACUAAUUCAGAGUAUUCUCAAUAGCAGAGUGAGACUAUAGGCGCCGCUUUUCCGACGGCGGUGGCGGCGGCAGCAGCCUAAUCAACAUCAAAUCUGAUCCAAAGGUCAAGUUUUUGCAAUGUCAGAGGUCAUUUAGGGUCAAUGAAAAUAGUAUUUUAUCAUCAUAUGAAUGGUGCUUUUUUGUGAAUGAUUAUUCUAUAUUCAUUUUCAAAGUCAGCACUGCGGCUAUAUUGAAUCGCGUAAUGCAGGCGAGAUUGCCAGAGGUGCUACACUUGUCUAUCGUUUCGUUUGAAAAAAAAAUACAUUAAUGUAAGAUAUACAAUGAUUCCUGAACAUAAUCUGAUAUAUGAAAUUUACUUAAACAUUUUUACAUAAAAAUAUGAGUUGCAAUUAAAAAUAGAAUUGAAAGCCUCUUUGUAUAACCUCUUUGUAGUAUUUUUGAAUUGGGAACAUUAUGAAUCCAUUUACUACAUUUUUAUUGAAUGGUUUAUUCUUGAAAUGGCCUUUUCAUUUCCGUUUUUAUAUAUUUAUUUAUAAUAGUGUAAACAUAAAAGUAAUACUUUUCGAAUCGGAUAACCCUCAGUCCAUCUUGAUUAUCAUAUCUUUGGAUAGUGAAAAUCUAAACCAAUGGUACAAAAUGAUAAUUAUCAAUUGGUUCUUAUAACUGUCAUUUUGAAUCCAUCUCUGGUGAGAAUAGAUACUUCAAAGCUUGGUUUACAAGGUCAUGCGUUUUACAAGUUACUGUACUGGAUUCGUGGUUCUUAUUAAAACACAAAUCUAUCCAUAUAACCUCAUCACUGCUUGAAUUAUAAUGAAAAUUGUAUGCAUAUUCCUGGGUCCUGCUGUACACAACUUAGUAAUUGAUUGAAGGGUUAACUUUGACAUUGCUCAUUGUGUACAAUCAAUCGUACAAGUUAACUGUAUGAUUAAUCACUUGUAUUUGUGUCAUGGGGCCCAGAGAUAUGUGGGAAGAUCAAAAACAGGAAAUGCUUGAGAUUUUCAGGUAUGGAACCAUGAUUGGUGUGAGAUUGUCAGACAUGGUGUAUGAUGUAUAUUGGGAGAGUUCACUGUGAUGAAUGCUUCCAGAAGAAAUGGGCAGGGGGGGGGUAGGAUGAGAAGGAUGUUCCUCUGUCUGAUGUGUGAGACUCCUUUGAUCACUGCCUAUGUAUUACUUCAGGGGCUAGUUUUAAUUACCUUUAAACAAGGAAUGAUCUAAACAUAUGUGCACAAAUGCAGACUUUGUCUGAACAAAUUUUGUUGCUCUUUCUGCUUAAUUCUUGAAGUGGUCUUUUCGCCCACAUUAACAAAGCAGCUUAAUGUCAAUGUAGAUCAAGAAAAAGUAGUUGCUGAACAUCUAGUGUGAAUUUUUGCUUGUUCCAUUACCAUUUUUCUCUUUAUUGUCAACUUGGACAACAAUGAAAAUUUAUGGUGAAAUGAACAUGGUACAUCUGGGUCUUUUAUUAAGCAUUUGUUUCCAUGAGUCAAGAAACUGCUUCAGUUUGCUAUUAGAUCAAUGUUUCAUUUGAUACCAACCCUUUUUAUUUUCUUGAUAAGCAUUUACCACACAGUUUUUAUCGAUAUGAGCCUGUAUCAUGUAACUUAUGGGGUUUUUUUUCUUUGUCUGAUGGUGGUAUUCCAAUGUGCUACUGCUUCUAAUACAUUGAUACAUGUAUCACUUCAAAGUCAAGUAAAC